UACUGUUUCCACCCAAUUUGUUGCACUUCUCCCUCAGUGUUACAGUGAGUUUAAACAAUUGGGUGCAAAUAUGGAGUGGCCUACGUUUUUUCUAGAUCAAAUCAAUGGAAUCUCGCUUCGGACAAAAGAAUUCUUUCGCCCAUGGAGUAGUGUUGACAAGGUGGUGUACAACUGUAAGUUGUUUACGGUAAGAUUGAUUAUUGAUACUUAUUUCAUCUUCAUUGGUCGACAGGUAUUCUUUCCGAUCAACUUCGACAACCAACAUUGGGUGUGUGGCGUAUUGGAUAUAAAUGAAUGGAGGAUGUAUAUAUAUGACUCUGCCCAAUAUACUGAAAGCAUAGAGAGGGUGAAGAAGUUAUUGAUGCCAUUUAGGACACUAACACACCUAAUGAAGGCGAGUAACUUCUAUAUAUCAAAGGGAAUUCCAUCACCAGAUCCUCUACCGACAUUACAAUAUAGGUGUGUUCGUGAUGUCCCAAAACAGGAUGUUGGAAGUGGAGACUGUGGCAUUUUUUUACUCAUGUUUAUGGAAUACCUUGCCCGAGAUCACCCAUUUAAUUUUACAUCAGCACAUUCCAAGAGAUUAAGAAAACGCGUGGCUACAACCAUAUUCCAAGGAAGGACCCUCAGUUUCGAGGAUUUCUAAACAGGCAUGGAUGGACGGGCAUGCAUACGAAUUGGAUGUCAUUUUAUUAUGGCUUGAAAGAUGUAUUUUAUUAUUGAUUGAAAGGUGUAUUUUA